AUGCCAUGGCCAUAAUAAAAACCCAUGAGCUUUCAUGUUUUUCUUCAUUCCCGAAACCCUCCUUUACAAUUACGUUAAGUCUUAUUCUAGCUUCAUCUCUUUGCAAGAUCAACGAUAGAGAAAAGAAAAAAAUGGGAGGAGAUAGAAAGAUCGGAGUGGCCAUGGAUUUCUCAGUUAGCAGCAAGAACGCUCUGAAAUGGGCUAUAGAAAACUUAGCUGACAAAGGGGACACCCUUUACAUUAUCCACAUCAACCCCAACUCUCUCGAUGAGUCCCGCAAUUCUGUCUGGGCCAAAUCCGGUUCUCCACUUAUUCCUUUGACGGAGUUUAGGGAACCGGAGAUUAUGAAGAAGUAUGAUGUUAAAACUGAUAUUGAAGUUCUUGACAUGCUUGACACUGCUUCUAGACAAAAAGAGAUAAAUGUUGUGACAAAGCUUUACUGGGGAGGGGAUGCCAGAGAGAAGAUUCUUGAUGCUAUUGAUGAUCUAAAGGUCGAUUCUCUGGUCAUGGGAAGCAGAGGACUUGGAACUGUUCAAAGGAUCAUCUUGGGGAGUGUGAGCAACCAUGUUAUGACGCACGCUCCUUGCCCUGUUACCAUCGUCAAGGAACACUCGAGCUCCGGCAAGCACUGAGAUGUUUAACGGAUUUCGAGUUUGAUUUUCAUAAGAAUAAUUUGAUCUGUUGCUCUUUGUUUUGCUUGAAUCAUGUUUUUACAUACUAGUUUACGGUGUUAAGUUUGUGUUACCAAAAAUUCUUGAAUAUAUUUGUGCUUUGUAAGUUAAUUAUUCCUUUGGCAU